AUUUAUUUAUGUUUUAAUUUACUUACAUUAUUAGGUCGGAUAAUUAAUUAUGAUAAUUAAUUUUCGCAAUACUUUUUCUCUAUAAAUUAAAAGACAAAACUUUUUUCUAUUAUUUUAAAAGUUAUUUGACCGGAUAUAGAGUUGGAGGACAUGUUGAUUUGUCAUGAAUGAGGCGAUUUUUGUCCAAAUCCUCAAAAAAGUGUUUUGUUAAUUUUGUUUGGAUAAAAUUUUUACCAAAAUUAACAGUAAAACCAGUUUCAACGUGUUGUGAAACGUGACAUUAAAAUAAUGUGUGGUAUAUGUUUACGUCGAUAAGUCUGAAAGAGGGAAUUUAUUUUUUAAGGACCACUACUCAUAUUUGAUGCCCCGCUCCCGGGACGAUAUGCAAGUAAACGUGGCGGGCCUAAGGAGAAAUAUUAAAAACCUCGCGCACAACUACUCAGAUGCCCAGGUCAAAGUGCGCGAGGCAACUUCAAAUGACCCAUGGGGCCCUUCCAGCACUCUCAUGGCGGAGAUCGCCGACCUCACGUACAACGUCAUGGCGUUCACGGAGAUCAUGCAGAUGAUCUGGAAGCGCCUCAACGACCACGGCAAGAACUGGCGGCACGUGUACAAGGCGCUGGUGCUAAUGGAGUACUUGAUAAAGACUGGCAGCGAGAAGGUGGCCAUGCAGUGCAAGGAGAACAUAUUCGCUAUUCACACGCUCAAGGAUUUUCAGUAUAUGGAGGAGGGAAAGGACCAAGGAUUAAAUGUUCGAGAGAAAGCGAAACAACUAGUGAACCUGUUGAAAGAUGAGGAGCGGCUAAAGAACGAGCGAGCGCGGGCGCUUAAAGCGAAACAGCGCUUUGCGCAGAGUGCCAGCGCUUUCGGCAGCGACGGCGCUUUGGACACGCCGACCAGCCCUACCUACCCCGCGCUAAACAGUGAGCCAGCGGAAUGGACGGGGGGUCGCGAGGCGGAACUCGCACGACCUUUGACCGCGGGAGAAGAGGAGUUGCAGCUACAACUGGCGCUUGCUAUGUCGAGAGAAGAGGCAGAGAGAGAAGAGAGACGCAGGAGAUCCGACGACGUACGGCUGCAGCUCGCUAUCAGCCAAUCGCAGAACGACUUCCAAACCGAUGAUCUACGUCCGCAGUUGUCAAUCAGUCAAUCGCAAUAUGGCCUCCAAGCAACUCCAUCAGACAAGAAGUCAGAUCAACAGUCCCACCUGCUGGACCUGUUGGACGUGAACCUGGGACCCCCGGCGCACCCCCCGCCACCCGGGCCCGCGGCGCCCCUCGACCCUUGGGGGCUACCUUCACCCCCUGCGCACGCGCCGGUCGCGAGGAAACAGUCCUUCCAAUUGGAGUUUGCUCCUCCCACAGUGGACCCUAUGGAGACGUCACCAGACGCGUGGUCGUCAGUGGCGAGCCCGGUGAAGGACCCGUGGGCGCCCGCCGCGCUGCCCACCGCCUCGGGGCUGGGCGGCGCGGGUCCCGCCGACCCGUGGGCGCCGCUAGCACAGGUAGCUAAUGGUAAAUCGGCCGUGUCGCCCGUGUCGCCGGCGUCGCUGCUGUCGUCGCCGUCGUCGGAGCUAGAGCAGUUCGACGCGCUGUCGCAGAGGCGACACGUUGCGCCCGACCACGCGGACUCGGCGCCCGACCCCUUCGACCUUUCCUUAUUAGAUAGUAGCCUGGCCCCUAAAUCAUCGGCGUCCCCAGCGGGUGGGGUAAAGAAGUCCCCAUCAGCAUUCUUGGGGGAAAACUCGUCCCUUGUGAACUUGGAGCGGUUACUACAACCUUCUGGUCCGGAGCCCACAGCACCCAACCCCUUCACGAACGACCAGAGACAGUUGUUUGCGCCGCCACCGCCGGCAAAACUAUCAAUUAACGAAAUAAAACAACAGCAAAUGGGGCUCAACCCAGGGCUGGCGUACCCCUCGCCCACGCCGGGCUUCAGCGCGCCGCCCGCGGGCAUGGCGCCCACGAUGCCCACGGGCCUGGGCGCUGCGGCCGCCGACCCGUGGGCGCCCGCGCGCGCCGCGUCGCCGUGGUCGCCGCCCGCCACCCGACACACGCCCAACCCCUUCCUCUCCUAGCCACAGAUGCGCCGUGACCCGGCGUGACGCCGCCUCGCCCGCGUCGCCACAUCGCUGUAACUACACUCACCAUGUCUCUAGACCGAACUCUAAACACGCAUCCUUCAGUUGCUAAACUCACACUACAGUGAAAAGAUAGAACGUUCGUUCACGCAUGCUCAGUCUAUCUUUUCUAACAAGUCUAUGCCUAGAACAAAAUGCGAAUAUUAUUUCAGCUCUGAUUUGUUAAAAAUAAGGAAAUAAACUGCUUAUAAGAGAAUAGUGCUAAUUCUGUUGUACGCAAUCUCUAAACUAAACAAUGACAAAUCUGAAUUUAUUGCUGUUCCUUUUUUAAUGUUCUCUGCGAAAAAGGAUAGCACUAAAAGGCAUACCCAUUUAGUCUAAUUUAGAGAUUGUAUACAACAAAAGUAGCCACAAUUUUGUAUUAAUUAAAUGCAUUCUUUAUAUUAAAGUAAAUAAAACUUAAAUAUUUAUGUAUUUUGACAAGAUUAUCUCUAAUCGAUGUUUUGCUUUAAUCGAUUUUCAUUCGUUUCAAUAUUUCGAGUUGUGUAUCGAUAUGCGUGGAUAUAAGGAAAAACUAUAAUGUGGUGAUAGGUUAAAAUUUAAGGUAAGGUACAUAGAGAGAGUAGACGCUGUAACUAAAUACCUAAUGUAAAUGAACGUUUUAUACGCUGGUACGAUUUAGGGCCAUUAAGCACUAGUCAUACAGCAUUCCAUGCUCAGCUUUGUUUAACAUACAGUGACAAGUUUUUUUUUAAUAAGUAUUUUUAUAAACAAAACUAAAAUGACAAGUUCAAAUGUGUUGCUAUUCCUUUCUAAUAUUCACUGCGGAAAAGAAUAACACUAGAUUUAGUUUGUCAAUUAAGUUCAGUUUUGAAAUUUUAGUAUAACAGAAUUAACCACGUCUUCCUUGAGCCUAUAAAUUGUAUCACGUGGCAGGCAAAACCUAGAUCAAAUUAAAAGAAUGUAGCCCCAGCAUGGAUUGUUGUGUGACUAGUGUUUUAUUUGCUAUAGCAUCAAAACGGAAACACCUGUCACAAAAGUUUUCUGUCAAAAUUGACAGUUUUUGUGUGAAGAAAUAUUAUGUCAAAUUUGACAUCACGAAUAUUUCACCCCAGUUAGUUCGUGUGCGUUCAGAACUUAAGUGAAAUUAAAAAUUAAAUGAAAUUUUUUUUAAUGUUUCUAAGUUUUUACUUUGCUUUUAUUGUUGCUUUUAAUUUAUUCUAUUUGACGUAUAUAAAAAAGGAUUUGACUGUUUUACUAUCUUUUUUUAUCGUUUAUGACAAAAUGAAUUUGAUCUUAAAAACGAUUUCCUUUAAACUAUCAGUCCGAACCGAUGUUAGCCCUAAUGAUACGAGUUGCCUUACAUGAAAUAAAGUUUAUUUUAUUCCAUGAUAAUAUUACUACACGACUGCCCAAAAAAGAGUUAUGUUUUUUAGGGUUCAUGUAUGUAUGUAUGUAUGUAUGUAUGUUAGUUUUUGUUCCACCAUAACUUCUAUAGGUCUGUACAGAUUUGGAUGUAUGGGGUAUUAAUUAUUAUUUAAUUGUAUUCACUCUACCGCUGUACAUAGGUCUCUUGUAAGCAGUUCCACACGCAACAGCCUUGCGCUGCCUUUAUAUCCAGCGGCUUUUUUCAACUCGUUUGAUAUCAUUCGUCCACCUAGGAGGGGGUCUUCCAACGCUGCGCUUUCUACUGCAAGGUCACUUUUCUAGCACCUUGGAACCCCUACGUCUGUCGAUUUUACGAAUUAUGUGCCCUGCCCAUUGCCCACUUCAGCAUCGCAAUCCGUUGAGGUAUGUCGGUUACUCUAUUUAUUAUUUAUAUUCACAUAGAUUGUUAAAAAUAAAUAAAUCCAAAAUGUUUCACUAUUUCUGAACGCACAUAUUUGUGGUAGAAUAGCAUAGACAACGUAGAACAAUGUAUUAGUAUUGCGUUACAUCGACCCCUUGGCACAUCCCUAUCGUCUAUUUAUAACACCAAUAAUUGUCUAUGUACUAAUGUUAGUUCACGCGAUAGGGUUGCCCCUGGGGGUCGAGCUAAUCGGCUGUUUAAGGAAUUAAAUAGAUUAUACUCAAACACUUUCGCGAUGCAAUUAUUU